CCCAGUCUCCUGUUGCUUCGCAGCACGAAGGUCGCAGGUUCAAAACUCGGCUGUGGCCUUUCUGCGUGGAGUUUCCUCCGGGUACUCCGGUUUCCUCCACAGAUCACAACAUGCCCUAUAGGUUAUAAAUUGUAAGUCGCUUUGGAUAAAAGCGUCUGCUAAAUAAAAAAAAAUAAAAAAACAUAAAAACAUAUCAAUAAGUGGUGUGAACGCAUCACAUUUGCCCCUGUCUUCCUCAUGAAAUGAAUUAAUGUUAAUCUUAUGCAGUAAAAACACGUUUGCUGCAAAUCUGAAGGCUGCUAGUCCAUUUGAUUGAUCGCUGCCGUUCAUCUCUCUCCUCAGUCUCCAUCAAAGUUAUUUGGAAAAAAAAGAAAAAACAAAACGAGUUGACUUUAUCCUUAUCUGUCAGUGCAGCCAACUGCACAGCAAGCUGUUGCCAUUUUACUGUGAAACAAACUAAAUAAAAGCAAAAAAUGGAUACAAACUGGCAUGUUUUGACUAGCUUUGUUGGAGUUUCAGCGUGUGUAAAUGGUCUUUUUGCCGUCCAUCACGGCGAAGGGGGCGAUCCCAUGAGUGGUGUGACGCCAUGUGCAAAGGGUCAAUAAUCAGAAAUAAUAAUAAAAAAAUAGUUUUUCUGUGUUCCACACCUUUAACUUAAACUUAAAUCACACCAUACAUGUAAAACUAACUUUGUACUAAAGUGAGGACUAGGCAAAAUGCCCUCAAUACACAACUAAUAUCCUCACUUAUAGAUGAAAAGUUUGUCACUGGCCCUCAGAUUGCUGCAUAGACAAGUACACGCACACAAGCACACAUCUUUAAAAUCAAAAUUACUUUCUUUGGUAAUAAAAAGUGGUUUUCACUAAUUAGUGCAUUAGAAAUAUACUAGCAGCUCAAUUCUGCAUAGUAGCUCUCCAAAUAAGUGAGAAAAAUUCUUACCAUAGUGUGAUUUAAGCAGAAGAAAAGUCUGUCACUCCACUGUUGCUGCAUUACGUUACAUUUGUACUACACAGAGUGAAGUAAAUGAUUAAACUGAUGACUCAUGACUGCUAAAUGGACAAAAUCCAGAGUCCUGUGUCAAUGUUGUCCCACCUGUUGCCUUUUAACGAGAUAAUAGAAGUGCGGGGUGAUGACACCAUUAUGUAGGUUUUCUCAUGGGUGUCCACCUAAGUUUCACUUCAACAUCAAAGACUGAUCUCUCUUUUCCCUAGAUGUUCACCUCAGUCCAUGAGGGAGCUGCAGCCUGUAAUUGGGUGUGCAGCCUAGGAGACCACGUAUGGACAGCUCAGUGGAGACUGCAAGAGUCAAUUACUUUAUCUGACAGUGCAGCAGGGGAAAAGGUAGCUGUAGCUGUCUGUGAGAGUGGGAUGAAGGGGACAGAGGAUGUGCACUGAUCCAAAACGCUGUUACAAAUGGGGCAUGUUUCUCAGCAGAAAAAAAACAUCAAAAAACUUUAUUUGUUCUUAUGAAUAAUUAUUUUUUUACAUGUUAAAAUUUUAAUCGAACUCGAUUCACCUUUAAACGUUGUGAUGAUAUGUUACCUCCUGGAAACCAACCCUGAAAACAUGGCAACACUUUGUACCAAGCUGAUUUUUUCCCAAAAUGAAAAAAAAGCAACACCGAUUAGUGAACACCACCGUUUCAACCAUUCAGCAAAAGGAACCUGAUCGUUCUUUCCAUCACUUUUUUCAGAAUAUGAUUCAUGUGGCUUUCAUGCACUCAGACAAAAGAAAUGUUAAUGUGAAACUUAUUUCCCCUUCAUCCUUUUUAUGCACAUACAGUAUGUAUCUGCAAUGACAUGCGUCAACACCUGUUUCUCAAGAAAACAAAAGAAAAAGGUCACGUCUGUGACACUGUGCAAAAUGUUUAUUUUUCCACAUUCCUCCUAACAGAAGCCUAGAAUUUUGCAUUAAGAUACUGCAGUAAAAACUGCAAAGGAAAGCUUGAUUUGAGAUUGUUUUUAAAGGAGCAGUCCAGAAAUGAUCACAAGUAAAGCUCGAAGUAAUUCAUUGCGAUUUCUAAAAGGAAAUAUGUUGUUUUUCAUUAAAAAUAAAGGGAUUUAUGUUAAAUAAAAUAAAAUCCACCUUUGAUUAAAAUACUCCAAAGAAUAAAUACCUUAUUUCUGCUCAUUUACCGGUAGUUUUUACGAGGAAAACGGUGGGGGUCGACAUACAAAUCAACUCAAAAAAGUCUCCUUAUCUGCUCGAUGCACCCGCCCACCUUCACACACAUGCAACUGCAUCCAGACCACAAAACCUCUUUUGUCAGGUGCUGUUUUCAUCAGAUGUUCAGAUAAAAUUGUCAGACACCCCACCCAAAAAUAGUCAAUGUGAGAAGGUUUCAAUAGUCAUCUCAGUACAUCUCCCAUUUCUAUAGUAGUGAAAGCUGUCAGACUGUAUGGGGGGAAAAAAAGGUCCACGAACUGUAAACACCCCCAUGUGUUAAAAUUUCCAUCAUGGUUUCAGUGGUUAAUGAAUGCGUACAUGUAAGUGUGAAUUCUACGCGUAGCACUCUACACCCUAGAUGUGGGGCUUUUCCUGCUCAUUAAAAUCGGUACGUUUGUGACUUGCUGGUUCCACAACAGUUGAAUGUGUGUAAAGGUUGCAUGAGAAAUUGGUAGCGUUAGUAAAACUACUCAAAUUGUAAAAAAUUUGAUGUCCACUGGUUGCUGCCUGUCCUCUAGGGGUGCCAAAUACCUGGGCAUGGGCCUGGAUGUGGAGCCAAUGUGUGACAAGGCAGUCCCUCUCUCACCUCAUACAACACGCACAAAAACUACUUCUACACUCACACAAGCACAAACACAACUGAUGACAAUGUGUUUUAAGAGUUUCUAUUUACUUGCUUUGUUUAGUUGAUUAGGGUACCCCCCACUGUUGUUUGUUUUUUUUCUAGGUGCAUUUUGUUGUUGCUAUCCCCCUUGUCUCUCCAUACCCUUUCUCCUACUCCAUGUUUUUACUGUAUGACUUAUUUUGUCUCUGUUUGUCCUCUCUGGUGCAUAUGCACAUGUAAUCUAUCAUAUCAUAUAUGUAAUAUAGGUAAUUUUGCAACAGGGCAAGUAUCUCACCCUGGAAUGAUAUGGCACCCAGACCGACCAUUCAGUUAGCUUUAACGGCCAGAAUACAAUAUGUUAAAGCUGCGAUUCACUGAGAAAUGUAUAAUUGUUCUUUUUGAAAUACAAUUGGUCAUGCUGAGUUUCACAUGCAUGCAGAAUGUGAAAAUGGCUCACUACCCUUAAAGUUGCCUUCCGGAGUUUUCCUCUUUCGGAAAUGAUGUAUGAUUCGUCAGAAAUCUGUAAAAGCGAUUGUCUCACCAUGUACUGUGAUAAAAUAAAAGAAAUAUGUCUUUUAUAAUUUAUUUUUUUGCUAAGCACGCCCCCUGCCCCACAGAGCUCCGUGCAAUAGGAAACUGAGAGCCGACCAAAACUAACCAGUAGCAUUAGACUACCGCUUACUUGCUUCAAAUUUAAGGAAAACCUCGACUGAUGCAGAUUUGUUGAACUUUUCAUGGACAAGUCUCUAAAAUAUAAAUAUAUGAGAACACAACAUGACAUGAGAAUAAUACUCGUAAUACAACGUGUUUUAGCGCCGUUUGUCGGCUACAGAAGCACAUUUAUAAACAGAAACGUGAAGUCACCCUCUUAAAAAAACAGAGGAACCGAGUUUUUGUGUGAUAUGCUUAUCAGCCACUAGAUGGUGCCAACUGACAAGAGAAAUACUCCGGAAAGAAGCUUUAAUUCCUGCAUUAGCCAUCGAAAGAAAAUAAUAAUAGUAAUAAUAAUAAUAAUAAUAAUAAUAAUAAUAGUAACAAUAAUAAUAGAUUAAAGAAAAUUUGAGUCUCUUCUUCAUCACAGGAACAAAUACGCAUUCCUAGACUUAACCCUAUUGGCUUGCAACCAUGGGAGGCUGUGCUCCUUUAGCGACUAGGAGAGGGCUGAGCAUGUCUCGGUUAAGCUAACCACUAGCAUUAGCAACUCCACAACAUGGAAGAACAGGUUCAAGCUUGUGUAACUGAUGGAGGUAAAGCAUCAGGGCCGGCCCUAUCCAAAGUGGGGUCCUGAGCGGAUUUUUAUGAUAAUGUUAUUGAGAUAUUUUUCUCUUGUUCUUACUCCCAUUUUGUAUUGCAGUUUGCGUUUUGACGCCAUCUCUUCACCUGCAUGGAUCCGGCUUCCUGUAAGCAAAUUUCAACCGUCAGGUUUUUGUUUAAUUUUGUUCCAACCUCCUGCAUGCAUUGUUUUAAAAUGGCUUUUAAGUGGGACUAGUUUGUUUUGAGCGUAAUGAAAAAGAAUUAAGUGGCUGUCCCGUGAUCAGUUUAGACCAAUGCAGCGACCACGUUUAGUAAACAGAAAUCCAACAUGGCGCAACACGUGCGCACUGUGGUGUCACAUUACUCAUUUCUUAUUUGUCUCUCUCCUUUGGACAGACGUUGCUCUACCCCCAGCGUGCCUCACGGCAGCAAUGAAUGCAUCCACUGAAGCUAAAUGGGGACCCCUCAUGACCAGGCAAGUGGUGCUCGCUGCAGAACCACAAAGGCGGAGCUGCACCAGAGUCAGCCCCGCCCAUUCCAUCAGUCAGUCCAAUUCCUUCCAGUUGUCAGACUUGAUAGCAUUCUGGAACCAAAGAGGGCGUUGUAGCUAAUAUCUUCUAAAAUGCAAGAUUGAGGACGGAGUUGAGGUUCCAUAUAAUUAAAAAUCUAACUUUUGGAACUUUUAAUCAUGUUAUAUUGUCAUUUCCUCAUAAGAAACAUGCCAAAGCCAUUUUUGGCCUCAUUAAUGCAUUUUCCUCCCAUCUCAGCUUCAAGUUGGUCUCCUCCCCCCGAAGCGGGUCUGGUCUUGGUUCUCAAAUCUGGAUAUUCAGUGAAUUUUCUGACAAAUCAUAUCUGAAAUGACUUCUACUGAGACACUGCCAGAAAAACUGUACAUCCCAUCUACAAAGAUACGCUGGAUGGCACAAAUAUAUGUAACGCCACUCGUUCUCUAUCAGAUGUAGUGGUGAAGUGGUUGUGGAGUGAGUUCACAUGUAGUUUGGUGCAGGUUUGCCUCCCAGUAGCGGCAAUAUAGAGGUACUUUGUAACCCUUUUUCUUCUUUUCUAACUACACUUGCCAGUACUAUGUUUACAACAAUUUAUUGGUAUACCGUUUAAAAUAUAAUGACUGAUGUGUUUUAUUUUUUUUAUUUGUUUAUUUAGCCAGUGUGAGUCAAUUUGUGAGCAGAGUUUCAACUAAAAUGCUGUUUAGGAACGACCAAAUUCAAAGAACUUUUAGAGACAUACAUAUUUUUUGCAGAAAAUAAACAUUACAACUAAAAUAUAAACAAAUUAAAUGUUUCAGCUGGCUAUAUAGAUUGCUACCGAGCCCACUGAGAGUCGAACCAGCAUCAGCUAAGGAGAAAGCAAAUUAAAUCUUAUGAUCUUGCCACUGGACUACCAGAAAACACAAUAUUUUUGUAGGCAGCUUUUGUUGGAGUUGCUAUGGGCAGAUAUUUGCUUAAAGAAACCUUUUCGUUUAGGGAUAUAUUCAGGCUUUGUCAUGUUGCAAGUUAUAUUUAUCUUGGAUAAUUGGAGCAUAGAACAUGGCAUUGACAAUUGUAAACUGGUGACAGCCAUAAUUCAUGUGGGUCAGGUUAGUUUGCGAUAAAGUUGAAAAACAAAAACGGAAGAAGUCAGUGGGCUAGGCUGAGUUUGCGUGAAUGGGCGGGGCUGACUCUGGUGCAGCUCCACCUUAUGGUGCAGCUCCGCCUUUGUGGUUCUGCAGCGAGCACCCUCUCGGACCAUGGGGUCCUACGCACAGUGCAUGAUCUGCUUGUAGGGAGAGGCAGUGCUGUUAAACAUCAACUUUGCAUUUUUUUACCAAAGAAAGGAGAGUGAACGGAGGUGGUGGAAUGGUCAUGCUGUUGCUCGCCAAUCAGUCUGCACCACUGCUCCUCCAGUUGCCUUCUACUCUCUGAAACAGGAGCGCAAGAGCUUUUAUUCCUCAGAAAAUUACUCACAAGGCAUUGAUUUCAUUCAUGUGGACAACAACUCAUUUAUUAAAAUGAUUGCCUGCUUAAAAAAAUCUGUCUUUAAAGACAUUUUUUUUUGAUGAAAACACAAGAGCAAUGCUUUGAAAAUAAAAACAUAACAUAAACAUAAUAUUGAGUGUAAUAUUUUGCCAGUCUUUUUGACUUUUUUAGCAUUUGAAGACUCAAAUGUGUUCCAACAAACUCUGUUGAGUCAUGAUUUAAUAUCUUCAAGUGAAUUAGCACAACUCUUCACAAAUACAAUGCAGCUGGGUUAUUUUAUGACAGAUUUCUAUUGAUUUAAUGAAACAGCUUUACCUUGUAUUCACUAAUGUGUGCAACACGCGAUCUUAUCCUAAACAAAUGCAGUUACUGCCUUCAGUCGCCAUACUUGCCCAUUGUUUUGUCCUCAGACCAUACCGACAUGAGUUAGACCCACUAGAAACCAGUAGAGGUUGUUUUGACACAUGUCAGCUGUGACCAAUCAGAUUCAUAACGCUGCUGUAAUGACAUCACUAUCCCAUCCCCUGCAACUAUUGCAGCGAACUUGUGCGUGCCAAAUGAGAUUUUUCUCAGACCUCUUGUAAUACAUUUUCCCAUUGCAGAUUUUUCCAAUUUCUGAUAUAAUUUUUUGUGGAUAUUUGUUGCUUAACACCAAAUUUUUGUAUCUGUUUAAUUAAUAUUAUUAUAUUUUAAUAAAAGCACACCAGCAAUAUAUGCUAUUACAGCCAGAGGCAGUUGAUUGGUCACCGGUGUGUGUUUUCUGCUAUCAUUGCAUUUAAACUUUGUGUUACUGUGGCACAAAAUAGUGGGUCUCUGUUCAGCCUGAUGGCCAUUGAAGCCCAUACUUUACGAGGUGGAAAAGCAGUGAUCACUAGAAAUGAAAUAGCUGUACUUUCAUUGCAGAGCUGAGAUCAGUCCUGACCAAAGUAUUGAACACUGCUUCAGCUGCCUGACAGCGAUGUCAGGGAGUCGUUGGAUGCCACUGCCCUGCCAACAAAGAUGAAAAUUUAAAAAUUCAUUUAAGGUGCAAUAUGUAGGGAUGGUGUAAGAAUCACAUCCUGUGGUCUGAUAUUGUUACUGUGGUUCAUUUUUCUAAGCAAAACUUCUCUUUCCCACUGCUGUUCUGUGAGUUUUAUUGUUGUUGCCAGUUAUGGAUCAGCGCCAGAAGAUUCUAGAUGACAAGCAAAGAUGAGUCAUACAUGAAGUUGACAAGUAGAUAAAUACAUAGUCAUAUCUGGUAUUAGCACUCUUGGGUGUUUUACGGUAAGGAGCUCUUACAAAAAUUUAUCACGGUAGUAUCCCUCCAGCAGAGAAAGUGUAGUUGUUUGCCAUUGUGCUGUUAUAGUUCUGAACGACUUAUUAAUCAACCAAUCAAUUUUAUUUGUAGAGCACCUUCCGCAACGUUAUCAGAAGCCCAAGGUGCUGAACAGCAUCAUAAAAACAUUCCUAGUACCUGGGCAUAAGAGCAAGAUAAUAUCAUAAAAUCAUAAAAUAACAAGCAACCAAUAUUACAAAUACAGAGAGGUAACGGAAUGAGGCUAAUCAAUUAAAAACAAAUGGUGGACAAAAUGAGAUCAAGCAUCCUGAUCAAAAAGAAGAAGUAUUAAAAACCAUACUGUCAGGACAAUUCAGUGAACCCUAGCGCUGAAAAGCAAUCAAAUAGAAAUGAGUCUUUAGACUAGACUUAAAGACUUGAAGGGACGGCGCCUGCCUAAUGCUCAAUGGCAAUUCAUUCUACAGAGUUGGAGCCAAAACAGAAAAUGCACGAUAACCCCUCGAUUGAUAUUUUGACCGGGGGACCACCAGACGUCCCUGCUCGGCUGAGCGAAGAAACCGAGAUGGAACAUACUUGUGCAAAAGUGCAGUAAUGUAAGAGGGGGCACUGCCCUGGAGGUCCUAAUAAACAAGAGUUAAGAUCUCAAAUUUAGCUCGAUAUUGCACCGGGAGCCAGUGCGGAGUGGCUAGCACUGGAGUAAUGUGAUCUCGGCAUCUGGUACCUGUCAGGAACCUAGCCACUGAGUUCUGUACAAAUUGAAGCCGUGCAACCGUGCACUGGCCCAGACCGGCAUAUAGAGCAUUACAGUAGUCCAGACGGGACAGGACGAAAGCAUUCAACACGGACUCCAGAUGAGCUCUGGACAACAGGGCCUGAUCCUGGAUAGUCGUUUCAGAUAAUAAAAAACAGGACCUCAUCACCGUAUUUACGUGAGUGUCAAGAUUAAGUGAGGAGUCAAUUUUAGCCCCAAAUUACUGACUAUUUUCUUUUCAUAGGGGGUCAAUGGGCCAAGGUCAAAAUCAGCACCUGGGCCAUUUCUUCUACCAGGACUAAGAAUUAUGACUUCCGUUUUGCUCUCAUUUAGGUGCAAAAAAUUGGAAGCCAUCCAGCAUUUUAUGUCCUUCAAACAGUCCAGUAAAGGAGAAAAAGAUCGAUCUUCCCCACGUCGAAAGGGGAGAUAGAUCUGGCAGUCAUCAGCAAAAAAAUGAAAUUUCACAUAUGCCGACGAAAAGGAAGUAAAACUCCACGAUUGAUUCAUUAUUUUCUUCAUGCAUAUUUUUCACUGCUAUAUCGAGUUGUUGGUAAUUGAGAGCCAACUAUUUGUUUCUAACUCACCGUUAGCAUUGUUAGCUCAAUUUUAGCCUCCAGCCUGUUUAACUAUAUAAUAGAGUAAAGCAGAGUGGCUUCUUAGGAGUACAAGAAAUAACUUUAGGGUUGCUCCUUUAUACUGGCUUUGCUUCUUUUGCCUGCCAGUGUCGAAUUAUAAAUGCCCGAGCUGCAGCGUUAGCUCGGUGCAGAGUCAACAGCCUCACAAACUCACUGGAAACAGUAACUAUAGCCCUCUUUUGUCGUCAGAAAGGAGAAAAACUAACAACUCCACAGACUACUCAGAAUUAAAUAUAUUUCAAUGUAACCUUCCUUCCAACAUGACUGAGACAUUGACGAUUGUUUUGUAAUUAUUUCACUGUAGAAUUAUUACAUAUUGCUCCUUUGAAGUAGUCACGAAAGUAGAAAACUGUUAAGUGUCGAACCACUUGCAAACACUUUUUGACACUUCUUAGAUCAGUCUGUCCUGCUCCUGUGAACCACUUAAGCCCAGAUUAUGAAGCUUGCGUAAACAGCAGUGUUGGGAGUAAUGCGGUACAAAAGUAAUUAAUUACUGUAAUGCAUUUCUUUGUGCUGUAAUGUGGUAAUGUAAGGCAUUACAGGGAAAGAAAAUGGUAAUAUUUACUCGGUACAAUUGUCAGUAACGCGGUAAUUACAAUGCAUUAUUAAACCCAGAAUCAAGAUGUGUUCCUUAAAAAUUCAAAUUGCGGGAAACCCGAAGAAAUAUCCAGUAUCUGCAUAUAUUACGUCAUUUAUGGACUCAGCUUUGCGGGCAGAGAGGACGCAGCGGUACGCGGUAACGGACCGCGGUCAAGUGAGCUGUCAUUUGUGAGCCGCGGUCAAGCCAGCCGCAUCUUAUCCGCCGCGAAAAUUUCAUUGCGCGUUUACAACAGUCAACGGCUCAACUACUCAAGCUGCGUCCUGCACGCGGCCGCUGAAACAUUCACAAAAUCGCUCCACUAAAACAAAAUAAUUCUCUUGCGAUCGUUCAUAUCAGCGCAUAUUCUCUGGUAUUUUGUGCUUUUCUGACGUGCUUUGCCUCAGCUGAGUUCAUAAUCUGUACCCCGGUGAUUUCAACUCAUUACUGCUGGAGCGCCGCGCGUGUGAAGAUCCCUUUGGCUGAUCGUUAGAAAGUAGGAAGUCUAGGAAACAGUUUUUUCUGGAAGACGGAGAGAACAUGCAGCAUGCAGGAAGGUUAGAGAGAGAAAGGGCAGGAAAUUAUUCAAAUAAAAUCAAGAAAACAAAACAAAGUGCUUGAAAAGAAAAAAGUAGGUAGAUUUAUCCCCAAUACACAUUUUUAACCAGUGAAAAGCAACAUUAUAUAUACGCUAGGGCCUGCAGGACUUUAUUUUUUUUAAAGUCGACAGUCAAGUAAUGAAAGUCGAGUCGACUUCGACUAGUCGUUGAUGACGUCAUACGCCGGAAGUGGUGGUGGGGGGGGGGGGGUCGGUCGGUAGGUUCGCUGGAGUUUUUGACAAUUAAAAUUGCGCCCACAUUUUCUAAGUCAACACAUCUCUUUUAAAAACAGUAGUUUCUGCAUCCUACUUCAGUCCUCUCCCACCUCCCCCUGCGCAGCAGCCGCAAACUCACUGAUGCGCCUGCAGCCUUUCCUGCUGCUCUAAACAUUAAAAUAAUUAUUUUCUGUUCCUCACUUCUGAUUACCUUCAGUGGUGUCUGUUUGUUGCAACCACCAGGUACAAAAACUAACUUGUUUUUAUUUGACUAUUUUUCUGUCCUGCCUGUUUAUUAUCUUCCUGCAUCUCCUCUCAAUCCUAAAGAGAAACUGCCACCUGGGUUCAUAUAUAUUCACCUUAUGAGUUACCUUUGAACUGCAGUUCUAAAAGAUCUACCGACCGCAAAAACAGCGGAGUGCCGCUGCUCGCCGGCCGACUACAACGGGACCGUUUUUGCUGCGGAGUUCAUGCCCGGAGCGGAGCGGAGUGGAGUGGAAUCUUGGGGGUGUGUCACCGGAGGACAACAGGUGAUGCGCCUCGCUCUGCAGCAGCGAAAUGCAUCAGGCACAAAUAACAGACAGAAAACAUGAAAGGAAAUGAGCCGACAUGAACGAUCGCGUGUUUAAUUUGUUUUUGAGGUGGUGACACCUGAUUUGGCGGUGCUCAGGACGCAGAUGUCUGGAGCGCACGUCAACGAUCAGAGCUUUGCAUGCGCAAACUGGUUAAGAUUAGGAUGGGGGUGAGGGGAAGGUUAAAUUGCAAGAGGGAAAAGGUCACAGUUUGGUUAAAUGUCCGUUUUACCGCCGGUGUCAGCACCGCGUUGCCUCCGCCUCGAUCCAGACGCGCAGGGGCUCAUCACCUGCUGUCUUUUCCGAGGACUGCAUCUUGUCAGUCAUUAUCACGUGACAGCGACUAGUUGAUGACAGGCAUAAAAAGUCACUAGAGCCGUGAAGUCGACUAGUCGACUAGUUCGUACAACCCCUAAUAUACGCAUUUAAUAUUUAUGAUAGAAUCAGAUCACCCCAGGAGUCAGCCCCACAUCCAGGGCCGUAUCAAGGAAUUUGGGGACCAAGGCAAUAUAGGCUUGGGGCCCCCACCACCUCACUCCCUGCUCAGUUAAUGUAAGAUGGCAGCGUGUUGAGAAUACAGAUUGUUGUUGCUUUUAUUUAAUAAACAAUCAUUUUAAAGCACUGUUAUUAUAUCUGACUGUUUUUAACAGCAAUCCUAGCUCAGACACCACAUCACCUUCCACAUAUAUGUCAUGAGGUCACUGAGUGUCACAUGACCAGAUUCAUAUUGAAGUUGUAUGAAAGUAACUUAGAGUAAUGCAAAAGUAGUGUAAUGCCUUACAUUUUAAAAUCAGUAAUAUUGUAAUGUAAUGAAUUACUUUAAAAUGAGGGUAACAAGUAAUAAAUAAUGCAUUACAGUUUUGAAGUAACUUGCCCAACACUGGUAAACAGCAACCAUCAAAAUGCAAUAACAGCUCAACAGGAUAGCACGGAGAACUUUAGUGUGAUUAGAGAACGAUGUAGUGGAGAGUAAGCGGAUGUGCCGUUCUCCAAAAACUUGUCUCUGAAGUCUUUUUCACAAGGUCAAGGAUGACUGGUUGAGAUCUGUGGUCGUGCAUUCAUGCAGAAGGAGCAGUGCACAAACCCCCCACCCCCAAAUACACACACACACACACACACACACACACACACACACACACACACACACACACACACACACAAACAAACUCACACAUCUUGAAGUGCACAAGCACAACACACACUAUUAAAAGAGAUCAGCAAGAGCAGCAGGGGGUUAUGCUCUGCAGGCAGAUGUGGUCUUUCAGUGGCUUCAAAGUUUCUGUAUUCCCUCCAUUUCUGUUCUGUAAUUUCACAGCUCAAGGUCUACGGACAUGGUGGGAAUAAAUUAAACAGUCUAUUGACGCUAUUUUGUCUUCACCCAACUUUAAAAUGAAUUGCAACUGCUCUGUGUAAAAUGAAUAAGGGAGCAGAAAAUAAAUGUCAACAUAGUAUCGCUUUCUUUAUUGCAGAAGGGAUUUAGGAAGGGCGAGUGAAUCGCAAAUGGAAAAACACAAAAAGGUAGAUUCAACAUGUUUUUUUAAACAUCUUUUGUACGUUCUUGCUGUGUUUGUCUUCAAAUUCCAUUUUUAGUUCUUUUUUAAACAAGGGCUGCAUGGUGGCGCAGUUGUUAGCAGUGUUGCCUCGCAGCACGAAGGUUGCAGGUUUGAAACUCGGCUGUGGCCUUUCUACGUGGAGUUGCGUGUUCUCCCCAUGCAUGCGUGGGCUUCCUCCGGGUACUCCAGUUUCCCCCUCAGAGCACAACAUGCCCUAUAGGUUAUAAAUUGUAAGUCGCUUUGGAUAAAAGCAUCUGCCAAAUAAAUAAACAUAAACACAGAUAAGGUUUUCCUUUACCUUGCUGACAUUUCGUUUGCAGCUGCAAACAUCUUCAGAGCUGAUGCUGAUGGUGGCGUCACUUCCUUCUCCGUUUAUCCAUGGGCAGCAGAGGACAUUGUCACACUCUGCUGCCUGCUCUCCCCUCUCCGAUGAUGCAGUCCCAUGCGCGAUCCAGUGAGUAAACUCUAUCGUCUCUGUUCAUGGUCCCACAUCCACGUCUCCCUAUCUCUAUAGCUUCCUUUGUCCGUCUUUUGUGUUUCUGUUGUUCAGUGUUCAUGAUCUUUGUGUUGUCCCAGUCCAUUACAUGGUUUUCUCUUGUGCAGUGGUCUUAUGGCUGACUUCUUUAUUGUGCUUUCUGCUUCUUCUUUUGCUGCUCUUGUGUGUCUUCGACUUGUUUCUUUCUCGCACUCCUUUCUAUGUUCUAUUGUUCGUGUGUUGAGUUGGCGUCCGGUUUCUCCUAUGUAUGUUUUAUUGCAGAGUUUACAUGGGAUUUCGUAAACGACUCCACAUUUAUGUCCAGCUGGUAUCUUGUCUUUUGGGUGUACUAGUCUGUUUCUAACUGUUGUGUAUGGUUUUGUCGGUGUGUUUAUGUUGUCUUUUUUCAUUGUUGGUCUUAUUUUUCUGUUAUGCCUUUGAUGUAUGGUAGGGUUAUCACUGGUUUUGGUUUUUGUCUUUCUGGGUUUCUGGUUCUUUGCUUUGGUUGUUCUUUUCUUUCUGUUGUUGUUUGUUGUUUUCCUUUGUUUAUUGCCCAUGUCGGGUAUCCGCAGGUCUUUAAAGCGUGUUGUAUGUGUUUGUCCUGUUGUUUACGGUCUCUUUCUUCUGUUAUCGUAUUUGCUCGGUGAUAUAAUGUUCUGUUUACUGACAUUUUGUUCAUGGUCACACACACAGUAGUAAUGGACAAAGAAAAAUAUAAACAACAGAUGAAACAGAUGCUAGAGGACAAAAAUACAUACAAAAUACUUUAAAAAGACCCACAGGAAAAACAUUAAGAAAAACAUGAAAAAAUUACUGAAGCCACUACAAGAAAAAGGUAAAAUAACAGAAAAAAUGUACAAACACUGGAUCCCUACAGCAAUCAUAAUACCAAGAAUCUACUGAACUGCAAAAAUACACAAACAAAACACCCCACUUAGACCAAUAGUAGAUAGCAUAGGUACACCAACAUACAACAUGGCAAAAGAAAUCAGCAAAAUCAUCAGCCCGUUGUUAGGUAACACAGAUCAACACUGCAAAAAUAGCAUAGAACUGGCAAAAGAACUGAAAAAGACUACAAUAAAAGAUAACAAUAAACUCAUCUCUCAUGACGUCACAACCCUGUUUACAAAAACAACAACCCAAAAAAACAUAGACAUAGUAGUUAACAGAAUCAGACAGGACAAAACUUUACACAAAAGAACAAACCUCACAGCAGAUGACAUAGCACAACUGAUAGGACUAGUAGCUAGCUCCACUUACUUCACAUACAAUAACAUAAUAUACAAACAACUGGAAGGCUUCGCCAUGGGUAACCCAUUAUCAGCCACCCUGUGCGAGUUUUUCAUGGAAGAUCUAGAGCAGAAAGCCAUAGCCACCGUCCCCCCCAAACUGCAAAAUAAAACUAUGGAAACGCUACGUAGAUGACAUACUGGAAAUCAUACCAAAAGGACAAACAGAAACACUAACACAACACUUGAAUAACAUUGACAACACAAGGAGCAUGAAGUUCACUUAUGAGUCAGAAACAGAAGGCAGUAUAGCAUUUAUGGACAUGAAAAUAAGCAGGCAGACCGACGGGACCCUAAACUUAAACACAUAUAGGAAACCAACACACACAGACCAAUACUUAUUAUGGACAUCAGAACACCCUACCAUACACAAAAUGUCAGUAAUCAGAACAUUAUAUCACCAAGCGAACAUGGUAACAGAAGAGAGAGACCGUAAACAAGAGGACAAACACAUACAACACGCUUUAAAGACCUGCGGAUACCCGACAUGGGCAAUAAACAAAGGAAAACAACAACAGAAAGAAAAGAACAACCUCAGCAAAGAACCAGAAACCCAGAAAGACAAGAACCAACACCAGUGAUAACCCUACCAUACAUCAAAGGCAUAACAGAAAAAAUAAGAGCAACAAUGAAAAUACACAACAUGAACACACCAACAAAACCAUACACAACAGUUAGAAACAGACUAGUACACCCAAAAGACAAGAUACCAGCUGGACAUAAAUGUGGAGUCGUUUACGAAAUCCCAUGUAAACUCUGCAAUAAAACAUACAUAGGAGAAACCGGACGCCAAAUCAACACACGAACAAUAGAACAUAGAAAGGAGUGUGAGAAAGAAACAAGUCGAAGACACACAAGAGCAGCAAAAGAAGAAGCAGAAAGUACAAUAAAGAAAUCGGCCGUAACAGAUCACUGCACAAGAGAAAACCAUGUAAUGGACUGGGACAACACAAAGAUCAUAAACACUGAACAACAGAAAUACAAAAGAUGGAUAAAGGAAGCUAUAGAGAUAAGGAGACGUGAAUGUGGGACCAUGAACAGAGAUGAUGGAGUUUACUCAUUGGAUCGCGCAUGGGACUGCAUUAUUGGAGGGGAGAGCGGGCAGCAGAAGGCGACAACGUCCUCUGCUGCCUGCGGAUAAACACAGUAGGAAGUGACGCCACCAUCAGCAUCAGCUCUGAAGAUGUUUGCAGCAGCAAAUGAAACAUCAGCAAGGUAAAGAAAAACCUUAUCUGUGUUUAAAAAAAGGACUAAAAAUGGAAUUUAGCAUAUUUUAUUCUGAAAUCCUAUUGUUUGAGUUUUAUACUUUGUUGCAUACAAUAAAUUUGGCAAAAGAAACGAUUGUUUUAACUCAUCUUCAGUUUCUAUGUUUCCAUAUAUUUUUAUCAAAACUUGCUUUACCUUGUUCAACACCACAGGAAGCAUGGUCCCCGAGUGUUAUUGAGAAGGUUGCUAGUCUGCCACACCAUCACACUCACACAUCUAGGGCUAAUUUAAAGACAAAAAAAUAAACCUAACCAUGGAUGUUUUCAGUACGAGGGAAGAAAAUGGAGAAGAAAAAUCACCCGUGCCUAAGAAAAUUUCGCAAACCCCCAAUCUUUAGUUGCACUGGGAUCUUCUCGCUGCAAGACAACAAUGCUAUACACCUCUGCGGCUAGUCUUCAAUUUUCAAACCACAAAUGUUUUUGAUUAGGCUUUAAACACACAAGAUCCAUAAAACUGUUUUCAUGUUUUUAGUGUUUUACCCAUGCUUUAAUUUAGAAAGAAAGAAAGCUGUAUCAUUCAAUUGCUUCUCGCUUUUUGCACCAUGGCUUUCCCACAAGGUUUAGAGAGACCAGUGAUGAUCAACAUGUUUCACAAUCAAUGAAUUAGCAGAACAAGUAUGCAAAAUGCAAUUUUUUUUGUUCAAAGGACAACUUCUACAGUUAAGCCCAAUUCAUACUUCUUCUUUAGCUCAGGUUUAGAGUCAUGCACACGCAUUUACAGAGAGGUCUUCCUUUCGGACUUCUCCAUUGCUCGAGGAGUAAGCAAUUUCCCACCAAGAAAACAGUCAGUACUACUCUUGGAUGGGUCCUCUACAAAAAGUCAAUGAGGCAAUAAAAGUUAUUUAAUGAUCCUGUUUGAUGUAUGCUAUGGAUUUAACAUAUUAUGUCCAUGAAUUUUAAAGACGCAUUUCAAUGCCAAGAAAGUGCUUAUUUUUGAAUGGCUUCAAAAGUUACUUUAGGAUAUGUGUGAAAAGACGUAGCAGACUACAAAUGCUUGUCUCACCAAAUGGAUGUCAUCGAGCCAGACACGGAGAAGAGAAGAAGAAAAAUGGCUGUGAGUUUAACGAGCUUUGAAUCCUUCCAGGAAGAAGGAAGGAGCAUUAAACAUGAAAAAAAAAAAAAAACUAAAUCUGGCCGUGUGGAAACUGGCAGCUACAUCGCUGGGGAAGAAGAGAUUCUGUGUUGAUGUCAUAGUUGACUUGUUAUUUGUAUUUUUUUUUCAUUACAAAUGUUUACAAGCUAAUAAAUUUCAAAUUACAUGACAGUCAAAGCACAUAGAAUUUGAUUUCAUUUCAAUUAAAGUACACGUGUGAUUCAGUGCGUUAUGGGCUCGACACACGGGAGGCGACAUCGCCUCUCCUCCUUCAUUUUCAAUGAGACAUGUGCGACAAAGCGAUAAUCGCGGGUCUCCCUCCUACCAAGUGAAAUGCGAAAAACGUGCGUGUGAAAUUUUGUGCUCGUGCACGUGUCGUGCACGUGCGACCCAGCGACGCGAUCCCAGAAAGUUGAAACAUUUUCAACUUUUCAUCGCUGUCGCUUGGGCGAGGACCAAUCAACGGAGGUUUCGUUCACUGACCAAUGAGCGGACAGGAUGCUCCGUACAUCUCCGAGCAAACAUGAAGGAGAAGUUGAUUAUUAUUAUGUUUUAUAGUAAAAUCAGAAGUAAGAUUUCACAUAACUCUAGCAGCACCUUGUGAAACAUCAUAUCUACCACUUUUUAAACUCUGAACCGCUUAAAUCACCUUAAUUCCCUCCAACCUGACACAGCCAAACAAAACAACGGAAGUUUCGAUUUCGCCAUGGAACAACGCGCAGACGGCCUUACCGCUGGCCGCUGCCGCGGAUCGCCUCCCGUGUGUCAGGUAAUAAAAGCGACUGCGACAAAUUUCGCUGAUCGCGGUCGUUUAUCGCCUCCCGUGUGUCAAGCCCAUAAGGCAAAGCGGACUAGAGAGUAUUUUUUUUUAUUCCGUUCCGUUACAUUAUUUUUUUUCGUUGUUUCGGGGACACAUGCCGACCAGAAGAGGAGGAGUCUUAGGCUCCUUUUUGUGUUCAUAUUGUGCUUUUGUAUUUCAGAGACUUUUUACAACAGCCACAGUUUUCCCUCAUUCUCCUCCACCUCUUUGUCACCUCUAAACCAUCAUUUCCUGGAAUUUGCUGCAUAUCUUUUUGAAAAAAAGUUAAUAUUUUUGGACUUUUUCCGUGCGUUUGCGUCCAACGCUAAAUAUCUUCAGCACAAUUUUUUUUUGAGGAGAAAUGGCAGUGCUGUUGAAGAUUUUAAAGGAAGUGGCAUCCUCACCAAUCACAAGCUUGUGGUCUCACUUUCAUUGGAAAGUUAAAAAUAUACACGUCUUCAUCACCCUCUGCAGGUCUGUCUCAGAGCCCUUGCAAAAACGUAUAAUGGCGUUGCAUGUCUCCGUACCCACGCAGACGGGGAAAUAUAAAUUAGGCUUUAAUCUUUAAUGGUUCUUUCAUUUAUCAAGUCUAAAAUGUAUUAAUCUACUUUUGUCUGUAGUAAGGCACUACUUGAGACAGAGCUCCCAUUCUGAGUCUUUCUCUUUCAGCUUCCAGCAGCAAGUCUACCCAGAUGAACCCAGCAGAGAGCCACAGAUUGACUCUUCAUUUCUCACGAAUAAACCUGCAAAACUCUCGCUGUGCCGCCGUCUGUGCUAAAGCUAGAAGCAAAGAUUAGUCAUUUGUUCAGUCGGUCUGGGUGAUGAGAGCCAUGUUAAUAUAAACAGAAGUGAUCUGGAUGUGAGUCACAGCAUAAACAGGAAGACUGGACAGCCUUGAUCAUCAGCAGAAUUACUGGUAGCCUCCUUAUGUUAGCAUCAAAUAUUUUGCAAGGGCAGCUGUUGCAUUUGUCCCCUCUCUCACCUCCCACACAAACAAACAUAAAAAAAACAUUACUCCCCUCAUCACGAUGAUGACCAUCACUUUCAUACACCAUUCACAUUGACAUUUUAUUGCAGGACCUUUAUAUGCAGCUUCUUUAUAGGAAAUGAGCCCUAUCAGUAUUUUUAGAACCAAGUAUUUAAUUUAAUUCACAUUGCUGCAUGUUUGUGCAACUUUCUGCAUGUUAACUUUUGGGAAAUCAGUGUUCUUGUCAGGCCAAAUAAUGUGAAAAUGCAAGAUGUAACAUAAGAAAAACACUGUUCUUGGCGCUCUAAUGGAUCUUCCGCAAUCAGCUAAGGGAGGCUGAUGUGCUUACACAAUAAUUUGAUAGAGACAACAUCUGUUUAUUGCUGCUGUUUGGUGUUUAUGUAGCACUCUGCACAACUGUUGUAUAAGUUGUGCAGCAUUAAACAGCCCUGGGUGUGGAGCGUUCCAUAGACCACCAGUGCCCUCUGUCAGCCCAAACCAGAACAUCACAUAUUUUAUCUGUUCUUUUAUAAAAGUCAGGAUAAAUUUAAAAAAUGCUUUUAUUAAUGCAUUAAAGCUGCUUUUACUUGCUAUAAAUAUCUAGCUAACCCUCCUUAACCAAUGCACACGUCUUGCAGGGGAAACUUGAAGUUUCAGAUAUGAGGAUGUUGCAAGAUACCACAGAGUCUUGCAAACACCAAACCCGUGGGCGUUCUUGCAGUGGGCUCAUUUUGAGUUGAAGGGAUCUUGGGGCAGUUAUUAGUAUUUGUGCUUGUGUGUGAAACUGAAAACUGAUUGUGGGAAUAGAACCAAACACCCAGCCUUAAGAUUUGAUAAUAUCUAGACACUCUCAUCUUAGACAUUUUCCAGUCUGGGUCUGUUUCAUUUGUCGCUUCCUUUGAACGAAGCAAGAGUUUUAUCUCUAUUAGCAUCAUCUCUUGAAACUGUGUAAAAACAAAGGUAGAAAAAUGCAAGAAAAUUAAUUAGAUUUAAAACAUUUACAUGGCAACAUGCACAUGCAGAAGAUGAAUUUGCAAUUACAGCAUCAGCUUGGAAUCACUUAAAAAUACCAAUAGAUUAUUAAAUCUAAGAAAGGGUGACUUUAGCAAACAUAAAACAUAAAAGCUUUUCUUUAAAAAGUUAACAACAGAAAAAUCUUUGAAAUAUGUUGCAACCUUUGAAAACGUUUUAAUAGAUAUUCUGGACAUUUCAAUGACUUUUUAAAUAAUAAAGAAAACUGGAUUUUCUGGUUGAUAUCGACCGGAAAACCUAAAUGAACACUACAUGAGACAUUUUAACAUGUUGCAGCUUAUGCAGAAGUUUGAGAAAGUGUGUAAAAUAUAAGUGUGUUUCAGUAUUACUGUUGGUGGUGUGUGUGGGUGAGUAUGAGUAUUGGAGAAAAAGACCAUGUAUUUAGGAAGUUAAAGCACCCAUUUUCACCUAAUACAACCUCUCUAGACAGUGAACAAAGUCAGAAUCUAAAAGGUUCAUUAAAUGUUCAGUAAAAUUUGCAUUUAUCUGUAAAAACUGAAUUCAACACCAUUAAAGAGUUGAACACCAGGGGGAGGUGUUCAGCCACCUAACAGGAAUUCAGUGUAUUUUUGAUGUAGAUUGAAACAAGGUUCUCAGGUGAACAUUUUCUCACAGUGAUAAACCUUUUACCUAUAGUUAUUCAUUCAAAUUAAGUUAAACCACUAGAGUGUACAACAAAUAAAAGUUUGUAGGCUGAUUAAUGUGCACCUGAGCCAACUGCUGCAUACCACAGGAGGGCGCUGCAGCUAAAGGAAGGUCAUCUGCAGCAAAGUGAAACACUACACUGCAACAAAUGUCAGUGGCAAAAUAAAAAUGCCUGCGAUGCAACUAAGUGACUUUUUAAAGAAAUGGUACAGGUCUGACUGUGCUGAUAAGUACAAAGGAUUCAUGUGAACAACAGCUUCUGACACUUAUGCCUUGCUUUGCGACUUUUACUUAAUUGGUGUAUUUUAUAUGAUACAUUUUUGCAUAAUAAUCUAAAGUUUCUGAUUUAUCUCAGAUAAACACAACGCAGCCAUUAUAUCGACUAAAGUACAGUGAAAUGUAACUUAUCUACAUUUUUAUUUAAUAGCGCAUACACACACACGCACAUUAAGAAAGUAGAUAAUGUGACAUUUUUCUAUCAGUUUAAUUAACCAUUGAAAUUAAUUGGAACAUUGAGCAGCACUUUUAGUAAACUUGAACAGAUACACACAAAUACUUCCCAUAGGUGCAAACGGACGUUUUGUUAAAUCAAGGGGCAAACGUCCCUUGACUAAAGUGAAGCCAAUGUGGAAGUCAUAAAAAUUGCAGUUCCCCCGUUAUCCACUAGGGGCCAGAUCUAAAACAGAGCAAGUUCUAAUUGACUCCCAUGUUAAAAAUGCCAUGUUCAGGCGUGUGACACAGCCAAGACAGCGGUGGUGGGGACCGCCCACUGGACUUCAGUUCAGCUCUUCAGAAAACUACGGUUGGCAUUACAGAGGUUUAGUCCAAUAUUUCCACAGUCAUUGGUUAAACCCCAAAUCAAGUCUCUCAGUGUCUUACUGUGGUGAGCUACAAAAUGCCUUGCAUGAUCAUUUUGUCUCCCUAAUUGCAUGUGAAUCCAACUGCAUGCCAAUUCUUAGUUUGUUAUUUGGAUGAGUUUGGGAGUCCGUCCUUUCCCCUGUGUUAAGUUACAGGGGUUAGUUUAGGUUUUCAACACCAGAGGAGAAUCCCAAAUCUUUUUUUCUGACAUUUUUGUUGUUUGGCAGUGGCUCUUAACUCAUUUAUUUGCUGUAUAUUUUUUUCCAAUACAUCUAUAUAUUUUUUCAAACUUUACACGUUUUCUUUAGUGUCUAUUGAGCCUCUGCAACACCUUUAUGCUAAUGCAUUUGGGGGCUUGACGGGAAUUUGAAUUCCAGACCUUUCAGUUAGGUCACUUGUACAGAUAUUCACAGAUUCACACUUCAAGUGUCAACAUGUCCCAAUUAAAGUAAUCAAAGUGACCCACUUUUCAGGUCAUUUCAAGAAUGAACCAAGUGCCUGAACUGGGGUAUGAACUCUUAAAUUGCCCAGUAGAAUUGCUGGGCAAAAUGUGUGUGCAACUCAUUCAGGUUGGUUGUAACUUGAUAGAAGAUGACACCAUUAGACAGCGGCAAAAGAACGGAAUUUGUAAAUUUGGAGGAGUUGUUAGUGUAAUGAUAAUAGAGGGUAAAUUGCUUAAGAGCUAUGUAUUAUUAUUACCACCACUUGUGAACAAAGCUAUGAUACUCUAUAUAAAUAGAAUAUCCCCUGCUUGGUCUCAGUAUGAUUAAUUAGAAGAUCCUAGGAUUCUUUUAAUUAUUAAGGGAUCAUACACACUUCACUUUGAUUCAAGAAACAGUCAGGUUUAUAAACAAAAUAAGAAUUUAUUUUACAAACCAUUAAUACUUGACAAAUUGUUUAAAUUAUUAUUUACUGUGAGUGGAUGCAAACUAAAAGGUUGGUGUCUGGAACCUAUGUGUGAAUAUAAUGUAUUCAGAAUCUCCGUUCUCAGAGCUGAGUUCUGGAUGGAAAGAAUUUGGUUUGCAAAUAAACUAUAAAGAUGUUAUUAUCGGAUCACAUUCAGAUGCUAUCUGUGUGUCUACUUUACCCGGAUUAAGAGACCCUCUUGGUGGAUCCGAAAGUGAGAGGUCGGAUGACCGCUGGCACCGGAGGGCUGUAGAGGACCAAGGUGCCGGUGUCGGUACAGGAUCUGCUCGGGUGCAAGAUCGGCUUGGGGUCCUUCGACUGCCCAUGACGUCAAAGUAUGGCAAACCCACUCGGACAAAAUACACUACACAUCUAUACUGUUGGAAGUAAUUUAGCAGUUUUGUUAUUAAAAUAAUGUUUCUUACGAUGUAAGUUUGUGUUUAUAAUGGUAUUUGUAAAAUAAAACACUAUAUUGUAUUCAUAAUGUUGAACUCCUCUUUGAGCACAUCCCUUGAAGGAUCAUAGGUAUUAGCAACACCUGUGAAAUUGUAUUUGCAGGAAAGAAGUGUGUCCCGUUUAUUGAAGUAUUUUGUGUUUAGUUUUUGACGUCUUGUCCAUGCGUAGUUCAGUAUACGCUCAUAGCUGCUAGCCAAAACUCUGGAGUUAAAAGUUUUCUGGCUUUACUAAAAUACCUGUCUGUACUUAUUUGAUUGAUGGUAGUUUUACUUUCUAUUAGACUCCAAAUGUAAUCAUUUGGCACAUUUCUAAUUCAUAUUUUGUGAGAUUGUAAUCGGUGAUAUUAGCAUUAGCAUUCCUAUGGGUUUCUCCACGUAUAUUAGCAUUGUGCUAACCAUUCGCUGCCAAAUUGCAGCCUUUGAGAUUAGAAAAUCUCCUUUUGUCACAUCGCAAUUUAAUUGCACAUGCAGUUAAUCGUUCAGCCCUAAUAUACAUGCAGCUCUAUGCUAAAAGUGUAUUUUCAAAGAGGUAAUGAUGGAUUUCUUUGUAAAAGUUGUCCAUCUUUCCAACUGAAAGAUUUGCCUGGACCAACGUAAGGCGAUAACAACGUAACAUGAUUACGUAAUUCCGUAAGGUUCAUGUUCAGCCAAUCAACUACUUUGACGUCACCGGCAGUCGACGGACCCCGAGCCGAUCUUGCACACGAGCAGAUCUUGUACCGACACCGGUUCUUUCAGUCCGGAGAUGUCUCUCGGGUCACGACAGAUGGAUGAAACCAAGCGUCUUAAAAAUAACUGAAGGAGUUUGGAGUCAGCUUUGUUCUGCAGGAAAAGAAUCUUGUUGUUUCAGCUUUGCAGGUGCGAAAAAGUUUUAAGGUUUUGACAACGUGUCAAAAUCCUUCUGGUUAAAGAGGCUAAAGAUGGCCGGUCUGAAGCUUGCUCUAGAACCCUCGAACUGUUGAGCUGUUUGAACUGUUUUGUCUGAAAUUGAACUCAGGGGAAAACCAGAGUAAAACUAGUUUUAACGGAUUGAUGUUAUCUUGAAUAGCCAACCAGAAGUUGGCACGUUUUGAGGAUGUUACCAAGCAUUGCAGAGACACAUCCUCUGUGAUGGAGACUCCGAAUCUAGGCAAAAGGUUAACUUGUGUGUCAUGGAUUAACUUAACUUUACUUGUGAGCGCAAAUGUUAUGACCUCAUCAAGAAAACAUACUAAAACAUAUCAUUGAGCACAGAUUAAGGAAACAUUUCAUUAUUUAUAAUUAGCAAUAGCAAAAGUUCAGUCAAUGAUUCUUUUUAAUUAUAAAAUCUUCUUUUCUUCUUCAUCUGGGAAUAAAGGGAUUUAUUUAAAAGAGUUCCUCUGUGAUGGACCUUGGAGGAGAAAAUAUUUAUUGUUUAUCAUUUAUUAUCUCUGCAGUCUAGCUGGUGUGAGGAAGUAGGCUCUAAUUAAAGGGGCUACAUGCAGACUUCGAGUCUCCUGUGAGGGGAAAAGAUAGUAGAAUGUGUCAUAGCCAGGGUCACGGUGGUCCGAAAGAAACCACCUGGCAUUGCAACACCCCAGAGGCCCGAAGGACUCCAUCGAGGAAUGGCAGAUGUUAUGUCCCAGUUGAAGGCAGAAGGAGUGAGGAAGCAUUCCCCAUGCCGGUGAACAGUCACGGAUCAUGUCUUUGAGAAGUGAUUAAGUCAAUAAUCUGUAGAUCAUUUGUAUAUCCCUGUGACGGGAAGAAUUUCAACUGCAAUUGAUCAUUUGUAAUUGCUUGAAGUAAUUAUUUCAAAAAGUAUAAAUGAGCGCUCUGUUCCCACACAGCGUAGUCCACAGGUAGGAAGAAGAAGAGUACGGACCGGACCAGGCCCCAGGCGAACCGGAAAGCUCCCGCAACCAUGGCAGGAACCACAGGACGUCCAGACCCAAGCGAACCGGACCCUCAGGCAUCAGGCAGCCGAAUCAGCACUCCUGAAGAACCAGAAAUGGAAGCUUCCGAAGACUAUUCUGCUAGUAAUGGCCAAUGUGCUUCCGGUAUGGAGAACUCAAGAAUUUCUAUGGAUAAGUUGGCACCUAAUGGACAGACAGUUCUUCAGGGUCCUAAUUCCCCUGAUGAUCUGACAAUUAAGCAAGAAGAAGACAUAGCAGAAGAGGUUGAAAGCAGAAGCCCUGCACCUGAAGAAAUGGGUCGGACAGGGGAUGAAGGAGUAGCACCAGAGGAAUCGGUGACUGGCAGCCCGGGUGAAGCCCAGGAUGGGCUGUUGGGGCCAAACAUAUCAGCGGAUGGAGGAAAUCGACAAUCAAAUGGUGACAGGCCGUUCCAGUGUAACCAGUGCGGUGUGUCGUUCACCCAAAAAGGAAACCUACUGCGACACAUUAAGCUGCACACCGGCGAAAAACCCUUCAAAUGCCCCUUCUGCAGCUACGCUUGCCGGCGCCGUGAUGCUCUAACUGGCCAUUUACGAACUCAUGCUGUUGGCAAACCACACAAGUGCAACUACUGUGGACGGAGCUAUAAGCAACGCACGUCUUUAGAGGAACACAAAGAGCGUUGCCACAGUUACCUACAAGGUAUCAACUUAGAUCUCUCUACCAACUCUGGGCCUUAUGCAGGUGAGGUUACCAAAGAGGUCCGGGUCAUGGCAGAACCCAGCAGCUUGCCCACUUUUGAUCGGCCACCUGUUAUUGAAAGGCUGCCCACUAAUGUAGGCAAGCGGAAGAGCACUACGCCUCAAAAGUUUGUUGGAGACAAGAUGAUGCGAUACACCUAUCCAGAUUUAGGCUAUGAGAUGCGCCUGAAAUAUGAGAAUCGUACAGAACUGAUACCAGCACAUAUGAUGGACCAAACUAUCAACAAUGCCAUGACAUACUUGGGAUCAGAGACCCUACGACCUGUGCUACAUCAUCCUGGUCCUCUGUCUAUGGGUGAGGUAAUGCCCAUUGUCAACCCUCUUUACCACCAUGUCCUGCCACUGGGGCAGCAAACAGAUCGUCCAGGAAACUGUGACACACUCCAACUGCCAUCAAACCAGCUCCACGAUUUCCCCAGCCAUCAAACUACAAAUGGCCCUACAGCCUUAUCCAAGCAGAACAAGCCACUCCAGCCAGGACAAGCAGAAUCACCUAGCAACAGUGGUGUCGACUCUGCUGACUCAGCUAGCAGCAGCCCUCAGGACAGGCAGGGAUAUCACGGCACCAACCCCUCUUCAGUCCUCAGGUCUCGAGCCAGUCCAGCUGUGGUCAGUUCAGGGGAGCGAGUUAUAAUUGCAUCACCGGGAAGCGGGACUGGUGUGACGACAGGGAUGAGCCGAGCAGCUCCAGAGAGGCCUGCGAGCCAGGAGAUGGUGCGUGUAUUUGGACGAGAGGGCCACGAGUUGCGAGCCUUCCAGUGCGAGCACUGUCGAGUGCUCUUCCUAGACCAUGUCAUGUACACCAUCCACAUGGGUUGCCAUGGAUACCGGGAUCCACUAGAAUGCAACAUAUGUGGCUAUCGAAGCAAGGACCGCUAUGAGUUCUCUUCUCACAUAGUCCGCGGGGAGCACACUUUCCAGUAAGAGGAUGGGCCGUAAUAAAGGAGAAGCUUCAGAAGUGAAAGGAGCAAUAGUCGCUGAUUACCCUCCAGAAACGGAAUAGUUGAAUGGCACUGUAGACACGUGUAGCACAAUCAUAGACUCUUUUUAAGCUACUUGUAAAUUGGAACUAUUGAUCAAUCAUAUGAAGGUAUGGGCCAAAGACACAUUUUCUACCUAUUUAAACAGAGAAAAGAAGUUAUGUUUGUUGAAUUAUUUCUUUUAAAAUGGAGCUAGGUCAGCAGCCUUUAUGGUUUUAAAUAGUUUUUUUCUAUUCCUACAUGAAAAUAGCUUUUUGUGCUUUUGCCUUCACUAAGUUUGUGUUUGUGAUAUGAAUGUUAUUGUGACUUACCACAAAGUUAUUGGCCUCCAUCGUGACUUACUUAUCAAAAACCGCAGUGAGCCUUGAUUUAGCUAAUAGGUAAAUCAAUAAAUGAAGACAACUUAAAAAUUAGAAAAAGAAAUGAAAGAAAUGAAUGUUUGUGAUUCAAAACACACAAAGGUAGGAAACAGCCUUUCUGUGUGGAGUUUGAUGUUCUCGUGCACUCGUCUUUGGGUAUUCCUGUUUCCUCCCACAGGCCAAAAACAUGCAUAUUAGGUUAAAGGUGUGGUUCCCUGAAAACCCUUUGUUUUUUUUUUAUUAUUAUUUCUGAUUAUAAUUGCUCACUCUGAGUUUUUGCAGCUGAACGUGAAAAUAGUCUCCUACACCUAUCUUCUACAUUCGAUUCUGAUAGAAAAUAUACAGUGAAACUCUAGGAUUUGAAAAGCCUGGCAGAUCUACAUCACACUGUUAUUAAUGUUCAUGGACUCACCCAUCUUGACUCACGACGGGGAAGGGCUGUUGUUGUUUUAGCAUCCAUUAGCAUUAGCAACUUCACCACAUGGCAGAAGCUCCUCCAGGCUUGUGUUAUUUGUGGAGAUAAAACAUCAACGUUGCACGUUAGUGGUAGGGUCACGUUAAAAAAGAUUGUUAUGUCAGAGGUGAGAUGUCCAGAUAUCAGGAAAUGUGACUUCUGUGAUGCAGGUAACUGCUAGUUCCUGGAAAUGGUGCACCGGUAUAUUUUUUCCCUCCUUCACUACGUGCAAUGCAUUCAUUCCUACUAGAGACCAUUACAAAUGUAUUGAUUAAACAAGCGAGCCACACCUUUAAAACAGGAAAUUGCUUUGGACAAAAACAUAAGCCAGUUUAAUCUUUCUUCCUCACAAAGUACUAUGAACAAAUAUAUAUAUUCAAUUAGGUUUGUUUUGAUUAUUUCCAGUUUUGUUCAACAAUCUCAUGUUCUUUCAACUCAAAGCUCAGCAUUAGAUCAUCAAGUUGUUGUUUAUCAAACUGGAAAGAUUUCAGUGAUGAUUAUUCAUUUUUGUUUGGGUAACAUUUUACAAUAAUGGUCCCUUUAUUAACAUUACUUAGUGCAUUAUUACGCAUUAAUAAACUAUUAAAUAAAGUAUUAACAACUGCUUAAUAUUAAUGUUAUUAUUAGGUAAUGCAUCACUAAGCAGACACCCCAGCCCACUGUCCUAACCUUAAGGACUCUUAAUAGCUAAAAAUUUUGGGAACAUUAAUAAAAGGAUCCUUUGUUUAUUAAUGCUUAAUAAUGCACUAAAUGACGUUAAUAAAGGAACCCUCAUUGUAAAGCAUUAUCUUUGUCUUAAUUUUUUCUGCUAACCAUUUUAAAGUGACACAUUUACUUUACUACCUGGCUGUACGAUGGUGCUUAGUGACAUGUGAUCAAAGAGAUCGUCUCGAUGUACCUCACUUAAUGGUUCUAUGGAGUUUGAUCCUUUUGCUAUGAGAUCCUGUUUUGAAAAACUCUGUGUUUUUUGUUCAGUUUGCAUACCAGGGUUAGCCUUUUUUGGUACACAACCACAAAACAAAGAAACGUUUAUUGAAGCUAAUGCCUGUACGUUGCUAUGCUACCUUCCUCUUAUUGUAUUAUUAAGCAUAUCCUGCCUGAAUAAUGCUGCUCGCGUCUACCUUUCUUCAACACCAUCUCACAAACAAGCAAGUACACACUAAUGUCGGUUACUUUCUCUAGUCUGAACCUUGCUCGCUGCAUUGCUUUAUGUCACCACAUUCAUGCAUGACCUUUCAGAGCAAAAAUCAAGAAAGGGACAACAUGAGCAAGAGGAAAAUUUAACAGUGUGUGGUUAAAAUGUGCAGCAAUACUACUCGGAAGGCACUUAUGAAAACUAUAGCAAAUGUUCUAGAUAACCUCAACUAACCUCUAACAUUUGAGGCUUGUAUAAAAAUGUGAUGUAAAAGUCAUAGUAGUACUUGUAGUAGUAGUAGUACUAAGUUAGAAAAAUGUUGUUUCCUGCAAAAGGAUUCAGAGCUGUUCUAGGUACAGCUGGUCUUGGUCAUGCACUUUAUGUAGGCUAUAUUAACAGGCAACUUAUUAUUAUUAUUAUUAUUUUUUAAUUGCAGGUAAAAUAGAAAACAAUGCAGCUUAUCUGUAAAGCAGUCUUGGGGUAAAACAUGUAGGACUCCUUUGUGGUUUUAUCGUUAUGUCCUAUUAUAUGUGAUUCUAGUUUAACAAAUUUCAUUUAAAACAAACCUGGCAUUACACAUCACUUUAUAUAUUUUCUCAAAAAUCUGCAGUUGCUUUGAGAUAAUUUCUUUGUUUGUUGUCAACUUUUACUCAAAAGGCAGCUUUUGCUUUGUUUACUUUUUGCUUCUUAGCAUCAACACACGUUGCAAAGUUUUGGUAUUGGAAAUAGUUUACACCUUGCAGCUGUUGUAAUAGAUUCUGUACAUUCGUAUUAUAAAACGACCGCUGUAAAUAUUUGCAAUCUGACAAUUCCUGCCGACACGGGUCCAACAUUCAUUUAAUGUCAGCUAAUUCUACCCAGAUUUUCUGUCCUUUUUUAUCUUUGUAAAUACAGUAAGAAAAAAAUCUUUAAAAUGUAUCGAUCGAUUGAUCUCUUGAUAUAUUCAUCUAUCUAUCAAUCUAUCGAUCUACCGAUCUACGGCAGCCAUACAACCACAAAAACAACCGUCUUCUACUUGAAAAGUCCACUCGUUGCUACUGCUACAUACUGUGGGGAUGUGUUUUGUACGUUUUAAAGGUGAGUGUUUGAAAUGUCUAUUUUUCUGCUGAAAUGCCGAUACAAAUAGUUUUGUGAACUUUGAGUGACAUUCUGAAGUAUGAACAUGUUUACAAAAAUGUACAAGGCAGGGUUCUGGGUGCGUUGUAUUUUUUAAUAGCUAUUAUUGGUGCAGAACAUUCCCCAGGAAUCUGCGCCGACUGAUCAGUCUGGUUUUGAUAUCGACGUUCUGAUGUGAGGGCUCUCAGGUAUUUGUAAAGGCCUUGUAUUUUUUUUAUUAUUUAUCAUAAAGAUGCUCAGAAAUGUUUAUUUUUCUGUUGCUUCUUAACACUGAAUGUGGUGAAGGAAGUUGAAUGAUGGCUCAAUACUGUGGGUUUUUUCUUUUUAUUAUUAUUUUUCUACAACGUUGACCUUACAUGAAGACAGACUGCUGUGAAGAUUACUAUGUAUAUUUUAGGCAUGGCUUUCUCUUGAAUAAAGAACUGGUUUUACUGCU